AUGAAGUCGUUUGCGAUCACUACUCUCGCUUUGGCCCACUCAGUGGCUGCCGGGCAGCUCGUCUGGCCCUCCAAAUGGGACGAGCUUGAGAAUCUUUAUACCAUGAUGUCUGGGAUCAACCGGCAGGGUUUCAUUGACGCUGUGAACCCUUGUGACUUUGCUCAAAACGAAAAAGGCCGCCACAACUCCGCACAGUGGUUGAGAACGGCCUUCCAUGACAUGGUAACACACAAUGCGGAGUUGGAAACUGGCGGUGUGGAUGCGUCCAUCUUCUUUGAAUUAGAUCGUGCCGAGAACGAAGGCAGUGCAUUCCGCAACACCUGGGGAUUCUUCAGUGGAUUCCAUACAGUUCGUUCGUCGGCCGCCGAUCUAGUAGCUUUGGGUGUGGUUACUGUCAGCGGUGCAUGCGGCGGAAAUAAGCUGCAGUACCGCGGUGGGCGGAUAGAUGCAACCGAAGCUGGCCCUUUCGGUGUCCCGGAGGCACACACUGACCUGGAUACCGUGCUGGAGACUUUCUCCAAGGCAGGGUUUACCAAGGAAGAAAUGAUAACCAUGGUUGCCUGCGGUCACACGCUCGGCGGCGUUCAUAGUGUUAACAGUCCGGAGAUUGUCGAUAUCCCCGCCGACCCUAGCAACGAUACGCUUGUCACCUUCCAAAAGGACGUUUCCAAGAUCAAUAAUGGAGUGGUCAACGAGUACCUCGACGGCUCCACAAAGAAUCCUCUGGUGGUGGCAUCCAAUGACACCUUCAACGCUGACAAGCGCGUCUUUUCCUCGGAUGGAAAUACGACCAUGACCAAGAUGCAGGACGGAAAGACCUUCCUGAAUAUGUGCGCCGACGUCUUCAACCGCAUGAUUGAUACUGUGCCAAGCAAUGUCCAUCUGAGCGAUGUCAUUGAACCGUACGAGGUUAAGCCGUAUGUCAGCCAGCUCCUUCUGACCGAGGGCGGCGAUAUCACUUUCACAGGCUACCUUCGCUUCCGAGUCACGGAAGGCUCAGGUCGAAAAUGCAAUGAUAUAGCUGCUGAUCUCAUCUACUACGAUAGAGAUGGGGCUCAAGAGCACGUGGUUACUGCCGUCAAGGAAACCUAUAAGCUCGGCCUCAGCAUUGGCCUCCAUGGUGAAUCAUUCAUCAACUUCAAUUUCAAGACUACUGUAAAGGGCGCGACCGGAAUUAGCAAAUUCACUAUUCGUGAAACUACACCUUCCACUAACGAAACUGUCAUAUAUGACAACCAAGGAACAGGCGGAUACCCCGUGGACGAUACUGUUUUGUACCAGCUGUCUGAUUCCUGCUUCGACUCUGGUAACAUCGUUGAUGGGAUGAUUCCCGUGUCUGUCUUUGCCAUGGUCCGCGAGGAUGAGGCUUCCAAGCCUCUGACUUUGGAAGUCGUCCAUAAGAAGAAGCGUGAUGUUGCUGUUACUCCAGCCCUGGAAUGGGAGACGGUGAAUUUCGAAUCUACCGGUGUGAAGAACAAUGGGUGGGUAGAAUUCAGAGCAGCUACAAAGGUUGAGGGAACGACUACUUUUGAUAUUGUACUGGGAGGCGAGAGGCGGCCGACCGUCGAGUUCUUAAAAACAGGACCGAUGCCCAAAACUUGCACAAAAUAA